AACUUCUAUACAUCACAUUUUAUUCACAUCUAUCUUUUUGUGAAGACAUCGACUUCUAACUACACUAUGUUAUUAUAUACUGUGGUUUUACUGUCGGCAUUGGGAGGUCUUUUGCUGCUUGCAAUUGGUGGUGGAGGAUCGGUGGAGGCUGCUGCCGUCAAAGUGGGUAACAUUUCGAAAGUGGAAGAUGCUUCUUACUUCCACAUAUAUUAUGGCAAUACCUUCAAAGUCAUCAAGAACGGACUCGAUGGCAAGAGCUAUCUUCUCAUCCAGAAUAACACAAAAAUGGCAGCAAAGACCAAGUAUUGCACAUCAAGAAUCAAAUCAUUUGUUAUCCCGUUAUCAAAUUACUCAUUGGAUGCCAAUUAUUUCCCAGUUUCCUUCUUCGAGCUUCUAGGGCUCCUGCCAAACAUGAAGGGGAUCACAACAGAAAAGGUAGCUUCUCCAUGUCUACUUAAACUGUACAACGAGGGACAAAUUCAGAUGCUCAACAAGAGCGAGCCACAACAGUUUUCACAUUACACAGCACAUUUCGUCCAAGACAACACCAACCAGCAAACUCAGUCGUGUAAUUAUGUUACAUUUGUCCCUGUCGGCGAGCAAGAUCCUCUCCAAAGGGCAGAGUGGAUCAAGUACUUGGGAGUUUUUGCAAACAUGGAAGUGAGAGCAAAUGAAAUCUAUGAUGCUGUCAAAAAGAAUUACAUGUGCUUGGUUGAUUCUGCAGCAAAUAAGACCAAAAGGUUCAAACCAAUAGUUGCUUGGAUGGAGCUUAUUGAUGAUGCUUGGUCUUUCACAGAAGAACCAUACAAGCUAAAGUAUAUAGAAGAUGCAGGUGGAGAGAACAUCGAUGCUUCCAUCAACAAAGUAACAUACAACAUCUCCAUUAAUGAUGAUUUGGAACAACUUCAUGCCAUCUUAUGUACUGUAGAUGUAGUGAUCGAUGGAACGCUUACUCCAGAUCCAAUGAGCUACAAUGCAACCUCGUUUCUUCAAAACCUCAACGUAGAGGAUCAAUCUUGUUUUGGUUUUCUUUCGUAUCAAAGCUUGUGGAGACACGAUAAACGCCUUACAACCAAUCUGGCUCUUGAUUGGUAUAAUGGAGCAGUGUCUCAACCACAACUAGUCCUUGCGGACUUAAUAGAAAUUCUCUUUCCAUCAGGGAACUAUACAACUACUUAUUUUCGGAACCUUGUAAAGGAUGAACCGACUACGAUCAUUGGUCCUGAAAGCUGCGAUCGCGAUAGCUUAACUGCUAUGGAGCCAACUAUAGUAGCAUGCACAUAGAAUACAGUUUUUGGCUUAACCAUUCUUUAGAUGUAUUGACUUUCUUAUUAGUGUCUGUAACACUAUUGGGUUUGACCCAUGAUAGAUAAAAGACAAAGAAAUGUUGGUCUGUUUGUCAUUUGUCAUAUUCAUAGACAAUUUGUGUAAUAUCUAUUGACAUAUAACACAUCUGUGUUUUUGUUUGUUUU